GGUCGUAGUAUAAUUUUAUGGUAAGUCAGGCGGACCUGUCAUUUUUAAGAAAUACGACUCAACGGUCGGUCAGACGAUAUCUUUUUCAUUAGUAGGAUAAAUUUUUCUAAAAUUUCCUCGUGAAACUUGUUACUUCGAAUUAAAUUAAACUGUCGACACAUGUGUUUGAACGUGAGAACAGUGGGGAAAAUAAUCGAUCUUUUUAACAAAAGAAAAAAGUAGCACUUUGCGGCAUUGCGUUCCUAUCCCACGCAUUUCCACACGACCAGCGGAUAGAACGACAUAAACAAGUGUUUCACGGUUUUCUCAUGUCAUUACGCGAGAGAGUCCAUACCUAGCGAAUAAAUUGGAUCCUAGGUAUGGGGAAGACCACAAGGGUAGUCGUUUGCGGGAUGAAAGGAGUCGGGAAGACCGCCUUGCUGGAGCAACUUGUAUACGGAAACAUUGAUGUGAAAACGCAGGAGAUCCAUCCCACAAUCGAGGACAUUUACGUCGCCAACAUUGAGACUGAUCGAGGCACAAAGGAGAAAGUCAGAUUUUACGACACAGCUGGACUGGAAUCUCUGCAGAGCAACGUAAACAAUCAGCAGCUUCCACGACACUACCUGGGUUUCGCAGAUGGCUACGUUUUAGUAUACGACACUGGCAAACCCGAAUCUCUCGACGUACUUUUUCCAUUGAAGAAGGAUAUCGAUAAGAAUAAGGAUAAGAAAGAAAUAACUGUGAUAGUGAUAGGUAAUCGGUCGAAAACCGAUGCUGUAUUAAAUAACUUAGAGAAUACCGCCAGCAAGGCCACCAAUUGGUGCACCAGAGAAAAGGUUAAACAUUAUGAAGUAAAUGUUAUGGACAGAGCCAGUUUAUACGAGGCGUUUGUGCAUUUGUCGUCCAAGCUGAAUCCGCCAACCAACAAAAGCACAUUUCCGCAAUUGAGUAUGGGUAGGAAAACCGUCAAGGCUGAAGCACAGUGAUGAUCAUUCCCAAAAAUUCAGUGGAAUUACGCGAAAGCCUGAAUCGUGGUAGUUGCAAUACGAGACCGCCUACAUGAAUCUUGUACUCAGGUAUAAUUUAUUUGAUAAUGGUCGACGCAGUCCGCGUCGAUGAAGACGUGCUCCGAGAUCUCAACAACCGUGUAUAUGUGCGCAGUACGUACUUCUUUAUUUACUUCGAACGUAUGUGUGAUAUUAGGCUUGAAACGAGAUAAACAGGCUUGUAGCGCUAUAUAUUGUGUACUUAAGAUAUCAAGUUUCUUGCGAGAAACUGUCUAAUAUAACAUUUAUUGAAUCGCGAGCAGAAUUCAAAUGCAAAUUCCUCGAUAUUUUGCUGCGAGAUUGCAAUGUUAUAUCGUCAUUCGAAAGCCUCUCUUUGUAGCGCUACCGAGUCUUGAUCGUUAAUUAGUAUGAAACUACUGAAUCUCCCUUAAGAAUUAUCUGUACUUAAAUCGCCCUAUAGAACUGAACUCUAAUUGAAUUUGCGUACAAAACUUUACGCGUAAUUAUCAUAAAAAGUAACAUAUAUUUAUUUGUUAUA